AUGUACACCAAGGUCGCCACCGCUCUCUCUUUCGCCAGCCUCGUGCUUGGCCAGCAGGUCGGAACCCUGACUGCUGAGACUCACCCCUCGCUCCCUAUCCAGGUGUGCACGGCGGCUGGCGCUUGCACGACUGAGGACACCACCGCUGUCCUUGAUGCCAACUGGCGCUGGACUCACGUCACUGACGGCUACACCAACUGCUACACCGGCAACGCCUGGAACGAGACGGCGUGCCCGGAUGGCGCGACGUGCGCUGCGAACUGCGCCAUCGACGGUGCCGACUAUGAGGCCACCUACGGCAUCACGACCCCCGAGACUGGUGCUCUCCGCCUGAACUUCGUCACUUCCAACGCUGACGGCGCCAACGUCGGCUCGCGUGUCUACCUUCUCGCCUCGGAGGACAAGUACCGCCUGUUCAACCUCCUCAACCAGGAGUUCACCCUGGACGUCGAUGUCUCCAACCUCCCCUGCGGCCUUAACGGCGCCGUCUACUUCUCCGAGAUGGAUGAGGAUGGUGGUCUGUCCCGCUUCGAGGGCAACAAGGCUGGUGCCGCCUACGGCACCGGCUACUGCGACUCGCAGUGCCCCCAGGACAUCAAGUUCAUCAACGGCGAGGCCAACUCCGAGGGCUGGGACGGCAGCGACGAGAACUCGGGUGCCGGCAAGUACGGCUCCUGCUGCGCGGAGAUGGACAUCUGGGAGGCCAACUCGGAUGCCACCGCCUACACUCCCCACCCUUGCUCCGUCACUGAGCAGACCCGCUGCGAGAGCGAGGCGGACUGCGGCGCUGGUGACAGCCGCUACGCCGGUAUCUGCGACAAGGAUGGCUGCGACUUCAACAGCUACCGUAUGGGCGACCAGUCCUUCUACGGCCCCGGCUCGACCGUCGACACCGCCAAGCCCAUUACCGUGGUGACCCAGUUCAUCACCGAUGACGGCACUGACACCGGCAGCCUCUCGGCCAUCAAGCGCUUCUACGUCCAGGACGGCACCGUCAUCCCCAACUCGCUCACCGUCAUCGACGGCAUCGAUGCCACCAACGAGAUCACUGAGGAGUACUGCGAGCAGCAGAAGACCGCCUUUGGCGACAACAACUACUUCAAGACCGUCGGCGGCCUUGCUGGUAUGGGCAAGUCGCUCACCAAGAUGGUCCUCGUCCUCUCCAUCUGGGAUGACCAUGCCGUUUCCAUGAACUGGCUCGACAGCAACUACCCCACCGACGCCGACCCGACCGCCCCCGGUGUCGCCCGUGGCCGUUGCGACCCCGCUGACGGUCUGCCGGAGACCGUCGAGGCCGCGCACCCGGAUGCCUACGUCAUCUACUCCAACAUCAAGGUUGGUGCCAUCAACUCCACCUUCACUGCUGCUUAA